GAUCGCAGUACGACCAUUCUCUGGCCUAAACUCAGUUGCAUGAGCGUUUUACUCGAUUAAAUUAUAUGCAAACAAACUUUGUCUCUUUUUAAAUCAGCGAUUGUUUCAUGCUUUUGUUUUUGAUUUUACAAAGUUUCGUUUUUGAAAUUAGAACUUAAGCCAGACCGGCAAUAUUUUAAUGGUUACGUUUACCAACUAACUAGAUAUUCUAAGAACACCAAAAAUACUCAACAAUUAUGAAUGGAUCCGAAACAGGAAUUGGAAAUAACGAUUCACAAGCUUCAAGUUCAGACGACAAACCCGAGACUGCGAUUAACGACCGAGGCCAAUGGGGUUCAUACUUCGAGUAUAUCCUGUCGGCGAUCGGAUACUGCAUCGGAUUCGGGAACAUUUGGAGAUUUCCUUACAGGACUUUCGCCAACGGGGGAGGGGCGUUCCUGAUUCCAUACGCGUUCAUGUUGUUCACAGUGGGUAUUCCAUACUACUUCCUGGAACAGGCUCUAGCUCAGUACUCCAGUCGAGGUCCCACAGCCAUCUGGAAGAUCUGUCCUCUGUUCAAGGGCAUCGGCUACUCCAUGUUUCUGCUCAACUGUUUCGUGGCCAUAUACUACAAUGUAGUGCUAGGAUGGGUGAUGUAUUACCUCAUCAAUUCAUUCACCACCCAACUACCCUGGGAGGGCUGCGAUCACUUCUGGAACACAGACCAGUGCAAUCAACCACUGAAACAAUGUCUCGAACAGGAUGGAGUGAUGGAUGAAUAUGUGUGUCGCCACGGUCUCUCCGAGCGUCAAAAACUCUUCAUCCACCACGACAACAACUGGACUUCAUCGGCCGAGGAGUUCUGGCUGAACAAUGUGCUCAGCAAGAGUUCAGGCAUAGAUCAGAUUGGGGACUUCUUAGCUCCCCAGUAUGCGGCUUUUGUGCUGGCUCAACUGUUCAUAUAUUUCGUUCUCAUCAAAGGUGUCGAAUCCUCCGGCAAGGUCGUCUACGUCACAGCCACCGCCCCCUUCAUCCUCCUCUUCAUCCUGUUCAUCAGGGGUCUCACUCUUCCCGGAAUGAGCAACGGACUCAAAUUCUUCAUCCAGCCCGACUUCAACAAACUCACUGACGUCACAGUGUGGGGCUCGGCAGCCAAUCAGAUUGUAUACUCGCUCGGACUCGGCUUCGGCGGCACACAGACUAUCUCCAGUUUCAAAAAGUUCUCCACAAACUGUGAACGGGAUACCUGGAUUAUAUCACUGAGUAAUUGUGGCACCAGCGUGUUUGCAGGCUUCACUAUUUUCAGCAUAAUGGGAUUCCUGGCCUACGAAUUGGAUGCACCUGUUUCACACGCAGUGAAAGACGGACUCGGCUUGGCAUUCAUUGCAUACCCUGAUGUUACUCUUCAACUACCCGGCGCUCCCAUCUGGGCCAUCCUGUUUUUCCUGAUGAUGGUGAACAUAGGCCUGGACACAGUGUUUGUAGGUGUUGAGACAAUAGUGGCCCCCCUAUUAGACGAGUUCCCCUCACUCAAACCCCACAGAAAAUAUGUCACCGCUGUGUGUAUUCUCAUCAUCACUAUAAUCGCUCUCCCUAUUUCCAGCACGUCCUCGGGCAUCUACUGGUUCUCGCUUCUGGACUGGUACACCGCAUGGUACCCGCUGUUCCUCCUCGAACUGAUCCAGGGGGUGGUGAUCGCAUACAUCUACGGAGUGCGUCGCUUCUCUGUCGACAUCGAGUCUAUGACUGGGAAGCCAGUCGGAAUGUUCUGGAAGGUGUGCUGGCUGGUGGUGUCGCCCUCAGUGUUGUUUCUGGUUCUGCUGGUCAACUUGGUCCAGUACAGCAGCAUCACUCUGGGUGACUACAAGUUCCCACAGUGGGCAGAACUGUUGGGCUGGACAAUCAUGAUCAUAGAAUUCCUUCCUAUUCCUAUCUAUGCAAUCUACAAAGUGUGCGUCACAGAGGGAGACUCUCUGAGAGAGAAAGUGCUCAUCAACCUCAGACCCAGCAAGCACUGGGGUCCUUCCGACCCAGAAGACAGAGCCAGAAAUAACCAGCUGGUCCGGGAGAAACUGGGAGAGGAGUAUAUAACAGACCAGUCGGUGGCUCCGACAAAGAGACAAACCGUCAAAAGCGAAAACUGGCCGAAAGUGACAAAAGGUAGUAUUUAGAAAAAGCGAAGAUUCGUAGGUACAAGUGUGAUAAUUAUGUCCCUAAAAUAUGGAUGGGCCCCAUGAAAAAAAAAG